AUGGACGGGCUGGGCGCCGGUGCAAGUGUGAUGGCGGUUAUUUCGCUGGCCGCCCAGCUCGGUGCAGGGGCGUGCACUCUAAUAAAAUUCCUCGAAACCGUCUCAGACGCACCAGCCGAAAUCCAACGUCUCGAAAGCCUCCUCGAUCAAAUCUACGCGAUCGCAUCGUGUGUCCGGAACGCCCUCGAAUACCAGCGCAGUCUGUACGGCGAUAAGCAUAUCUUGGCGGACGAUAUUCACACAUCUUUACUGAAUUGUCAGAAAAAGGUCCGGAGGAUUGAGUGUAUUGUUGAUCGAUUUAAAGAAACCGAGAAUGGUCGGAGUGUGGUCAGUCGGAAAUGGGCUUCGUUCAAGUCGGCCUGGAAGAAGGAGGAUGUGCUGGAGCUGGAGCGGCAGCUUGGUCAGGCUAUCCAGAUACUGGAUAUUUCGCUCACGACGCAUUCGCUGUAG